GAUGAAUGAUCAUCCAUCAGAACCUCUUGAAGGAGACAGUUUGGACAAAUUAAAUAAUAUUGAUUUAGGUCACUCUCCAGAUAAUUGGUCCGAUUGGUUUUCCUAUAUGUCUUUAAAGUUCGUAUUAUAUGUAGCUAAAAGCCCGUGGGAAUUUCUUACAUCAAUAUUAAUAAUUCUUACACCUCUCAUGAUAAUUUGUGCUUAUUGUUCAUAUAAGUUGGCUAAAGAAUUAAAACGCCAAGAAGUGGAUCAAAAGAUGAAGGCCAAACGUACAGCUGCCAUUAACAAAUCUAGGAAGCAAGUCAAAGUGGAUUAAAUUUGGCUCCUCGUUCCUGGCCCAGUAUUCAACUUUUUAUAGGUUUUCUACUUGUUUUUCUCUCGCUUUCUCUGAACAUUGAUAAUAUUAAUUAGAUCUGUCAACUAAAGUAUUAAAUAACAAAGACUGGUUCAGCGAAGAAUUCUCUUUUCAGCGAAUUCAUUUUCAAAGCUUUACAAUCGCAAAUCUAUAAUUAUUUUCCAGGAUGAUAAUUACAAUAUUAAUGACAACAGACUUCUGUUCGACAUAGUAACAGUGAGGUAGGAUUUUUUUUAAACAGGCGAAUUAAUAAUAUAUUAUAAAUUUCCUUGAGAAAGCUUGGACUAGAUUGCUAGGUGAAACGUUGGAUUUACUUCAAAUCCAUUCACUGAGAUUUUACAACUACAUUCUUCCUCUUUAGGGCGAAUAAAUAACAGUUUGACUGUUAAGGGCUUAAAUAUCCAUCAUAAAGGUAGAUAGGAAGAUCAUCAUUGGGAAAGGAUGACUCAGCAUCAUAAGACAAUGCUGAAAUUGAGAUGAAAUGUAAUCAAGAGGAUCAUAAAAGCAGAAAUAAACCAGUUGGGGGUAAAAAGUAUAAGGAGGAAAUGGAAGGGAAAGCUGUGAAGGAAGAUGAGUAUGAAAAAAAUUAUGAGACAUUAAGACCAUGGUAAAAGAAGAGGUUGUACCAAUCUCUUUUGGACACACAAUUCUGGUUUCCCCAGAUGUACGGCUAUCGCUUCAGCAAUGUCAAGAAUAUACAAUAUAACUGCCUUUGGAAGACUUCUACACAGAGUCCGUCUUGACUGAGUGACCUGUGCUCACAAGGUGUUUGAUUAUUAAACUUCUUAUUGAACCGUUUCCCCCUCUUCUUAGCCGCGCUGGGUAAUGUUCUUGAAUUCUUUUGGAUAAACUACUUAUCGAAUGACCUAUAUACCUAGCUCCACAUGAGUAGAUAAAUUGGUAAAUGAACAUUGAGUUGGUCAGAUGAGAUAAUUUAUCCUUAAGAUUAUUGAUGAACAAUGAUCGGCCAAAGAAGACUAUUCGCAAUGUUGCUGCGAAGAACGCUCUUUUUAAAUAAUCAGAAAUUUUCCUCUUUAAGACGUUUUUAACUCUAUCACACUUAAAGUUGAUGUUCAUGUAUAAUUUUUUCUUUUCGACUGGAGUUAUUAUGUUUUAGGCCUUAUUGAGGGAUACUCGUACAUGUUGAAAAUAAAUCAGUGUGAAUUCAACCAAUAAACAUUGUAAUCCUUGCUUUACAGAAGCUAAAUACAAAUGUAUUGCUUCAAAGUUAUAUUAAAAUUGAAUAAACUCAGAUAAUGGUUAUCUUUUUUAUUCAUUCAUAACAGGAAUCUCCAUUAUUUUCUUGUUCUUAUAAUAUCAACACACUGACCCUCUUCAUUAUCAACAAGUCAGUUUCUUUUCCUCGUUCAAAUCAACAGAAUAUUGAACCGCAUAUAACAUUUAAAAUAAUCUAUCCUUGUCGUCAAAAUCCACACUUUAUAACACUAAGUUCAACAAUUAUCUACUCAAUGAAUUAUCCAUGGUGAAUUUUUUAGAUUAAUACUACGUUAAGUUCAAUUGUAUAGGAUAUGUUUUUAUCAUUUGUUAUUAUGUUCACUCAUCAUCCUUUUUUUGCUCUCGGUUUUGCAGAUAUGGGGGAACUUUAUUAAUCUGAUGAACAUCGUUGCGCCAACUCUCCAUUGUGUAAACUAUUCCAGUAUAUGUGAUAUUUCCUCUUCUUUAUAGAACUUUUUUUAUUUGUGUAAUAAACCGUUUUAAUUUGUACCUGUAUAAAUUUGAUGGAAAUGUUUAUUAAGAUUGGUGCUAAACAAUGUAUGCACGUAUACUGAGUCGUUUCAUUGUUAAACUUAAUUUGUAGUGCUUAAUAUUGUGGAUUUUUUAAUCCUUACUUUAUCCAAUUUAUUUUUUACCUGAAAAGUAUUUGCUUGUUUUUUAUCCCUGGUUGUACUACGCAGUUUUUGUGCUUAGUACAUACUAAUGGUAGAAAAACGUGCUCGAUUACAGUAAUUAAACAUCACCACAAUGGCUAGUCAUCCAACAUCCACUUCUCAUUUAGCGAUAACUUAGAAUUCGAUAUUUGUCUGAUAAGAAUACGAUGUUUGUUGUCCACAUGGAUCACUUGCACCAUCUGAUAGUUGGUAAAGUG